AUGCAUUGCCCUCUUCUUCUCCGCCUCCAUCUAUUCCCUUCCUCCAUCUCUGUGGGUUUAUACCCUCUUUGUAAUUAUCCAUACGGAUUACCAACUAUAUCAUUGUGUGCGUGUACAUCUAUCUAUCUAUCUAUCUAUCUAUCUAUCUAUCUAUCUAUCUAUCUAUCUCUUAUUACUAUAGUCCAUGAAUUCUCUUCUUCCUCUGUUCUCCUCGAUCGGCUAACAUCUAAAGCCGAGGCGGAGCAGUGCGGGGCGAGUUUGGGGGACAUCCGGAGACAGCAUGACAAAGAACGGUACCAAAUACGGCGUGAAAUAAUCAAGGAAAUAUAUUCGUCAGCGCCUACGAAGAAUAAAUAUGACGUCAUCCAACUAUCUCUCUCUCUCUCUCUCUCUCUCUCUCGCACUCUCUUUUUUGCUGUUGUGCAUGCUACGCAGUCGUUAAGCCUAGAAACUGGAGUCUUGCAAGUUAUGGAGAACCUACUCGUCUGUCGGGACAGCGAAAUUCUCUAUUCCUGUUGUUCUUGUUCUUGUUCUUUUUCUUCUUCUUCUUCUUCUUCUUCUUCUUCUUCUUCUUCUUCUUCUUCUUCUUCUUCUUAUUUCCUUUGA